GAUAGGCAAUGUAUGAUCUGUUUUUUUCUUAUCUUCAAUACCGGAAUUGCCUUGCAAUUAUUUCCUUCUCAAGUGGCGUCGGUCUGUGCAGUCUGUCACUGAAAAACUCGCAGUUGGUGUGUCGUUGCUUUCGUGUCUGGAUAACAGCUACGCUACACCUACCACGAAAACAAAAUCCAUAACUAAUUCUACAUUUAUUUAAAUAAACAUAUAGAGAGACAGAGCUGUUGCUUUGCAUUGGUCUUCUUUCUCACCACCUCCUUCAAUCCACUCUCAUUCUUUCUCUGUAGCAUCGGUCUUCGACUGCGUGAGUCUGCAGUCGAUCUGGGAGAUAAGAGGUUGGUUUUGAAGUGGAGAGUUAGAGAGAAGCUGACACUUCUUAGCUCUUUGUAUGAUUAGGGAUGCAUAGAGUUUGGUGAGGCCCUACAGUUAUUUCUAUCGACUGUUCAAUUCUGGUGUAAAGAUAGCAGGUCUCAAUGGAAUCAGAAGGUGAAACCGGGGCGAAGCCCAUGAAAAGUACGGGUGGACAAGUUUGCCAGAUCUGUGGUGAUAAUGUUGGCAAGAACGCGGAUGGUGAACCGUUUGUUGCUUGCGAUGUUUGUGCAUUUCCAGUGUGCAGGCCUUGCUAUGAAUACGAGAGGAAGCAUGGCAAUCAGUCUUGCCCUCAGUGCAAAACCAGAUACAAGAGGCUCAAAGGUAGCCCUGCCAUUCUUGGUGAUAGAGAAGAGGAUGGUGAUGCUGACGAUGGUGCUAGUGAUUUUAAUUACUCUUCAGAAAAUCAAAACCAGAAACAGAAGAUUGCGGAACGCAUGCUGAGCUGGCAGAUGACUUAUGGACGAGGGGAAGAUGCUGGAGCUCCAAAUUAUGAUAAAGAGGUUUCGCAUAACCAUAUUCCACUACUCACCAGUGGACAAGAGGUUUCUGGAGAGCUGUCUGCUGCAUCACCUGAUCAUAUUUCUAUGGCCUCUCCUGGUGCUGGUGGUGGGAAGCGCAUCCCUUAUGCAUCUGAUGUCCAUCAAUCAUCUAAUGUGAGGGUUGUGGACCCAGUAAGGGAGUUCGGUUCACCGGGACUGGGCAAUGUGGCCUGGAAAGAAAGAGUUGAUGGCUGGAAGAUGAAGCAGGACAAGACUGUUGUUCCUAUAAGUACUGGCCAUGCUCCUUCUGAAAGGGGUGCUGGAGAUAUUGAUGCUGCCACGGAUGUGCUUGUGGAUGACUCUUUACUGAAUGAUGAAGCUCGGCAACCUCUUUCAAGGAAGGUUUCCGUUCCUUCUUCUAGGAUUAAUCCAUACAGGAUGGUUAUUGUUUUGCGGCUUGUUAUCCUCUGCAUUUUCUUGCACUACCGAAUAACAAAUCCUGUGCGUAAUGCGUAUGCUCUGUGGUUAAUAUCUGUGAUAUGUGAGAUUUGGUUUGCAAUAUCCUGGAUACUGGAUCAGUUCCCUAAGUGGCUCCCUGUAAAUCGUGAAACAUAUCUUGACAGGCUUGCUUUGAGAUAUGACAAUGAAGGAGAACCGUCCCAGCUAGCUGCCGUUGACAUUUUUGUCAGUACUGUGGACCCUUUAAAGGAGCCCCCUUUGGUGACAGCAAAUACAGUGCUAUCUAUUCUUGCCGUUGACUACCCAAUUGACAAAGUCUCAUGCUAUGUCUCUGAUGAUGGUGCUGCAAUGUUGACAUUUGAAGCUUUGUCUGAGACUUCAGAGUUUGCCAGGAAAUGGGUGCCCUUCUGCAAGAAGUACAGCAUUGAGCCUCGGGCUCCAGAAUGGUACUUUGCACAGAAGAUUGACUACUUGAAGGAUAAAGUGCAGCCAUCUUUUGUCAAAGACCGUAGAGCUAUGAAGAGAGAAUAUGAAGAAUUUAAAAUUCGUAUCAAUGGGCUUGUUGCCAAGGCGCAAAAGGUGCCUGAAGAAGGAUGGAUUAUGCAAGAUGGGACCCCAUGGCCUGGAAAUAACACCAGAGACCAUCCAGGAAUGAUUCAGGUUUUCUUGGGCCAAAGUGGAGGGCUUGAUUCUGAUGGUAAUGAGCUUCCGCGGUUAGUUUAUGUCUCUCGUGAAAAGCGUCCAGGCUUCCAGCACCACAAGAAAGCUGGUGCCAUGAAUUCACUUGUUCGCGUAUCAGCCGUGCUAACUAAUGGGCCUUUCUUGUUGAAUCUUGAUUGUGAUCACUACAUAAACAAUAGCAAGGCUUUGAGAGAAGCUAUGUGUUUCAUGAUGGAUCCUAACCUUGGGAAACAUGUCUGCUAUGUUCAGUUUCCACAAAGAUUUGAUGGCAUUGACAGGAAUGAUCGAUAUGCCAAUCGCAAUACUGUAUUCUUUGAUAUAAACUUGAGGGGUCUGGAUGGUAUUCAAGGACCUGUCUAUGUGGGUACUGGAUGUGUCUUUAACAGGACAGCAUUGUAUGGUUAUGAACCUCCCCUCAAACCCAAGCAUAAGAAACCAGGCAUGCUGUCUUCACUCUGUGGUGGAUCACGAAAGAAGGGUUCUAAAUCAAGCAAAAAGGGAUCUGACAAGAAGAAAUCUGGAAAGCAUGUAGAUCCCACUGUACCCAUUUUCAGCUUGGACGAUAUAGAAGAAGGCGUUGAAGGAGCUGGAUUUGAUGAUGAGAAGUCACUUCUCAUGUCUCAAAUGAGCCUGGAGAAGAGGUUUGGCCAGUCAGCAGUUUUUGUUGCUUCCACACUUAUGGAGAAUGGCGGUGUUCCUCAGUCUGCAACACCAGAAACUCUUCUUAAAGAAGCUAUUCAUGUCAUUAGUUGUGGGUAUGAGGACAAAACAGAUUGGGGAUCUGAGAUUGGAUGGAUCUAUGGUUCUGUUACAGAAGAUAUUCUUACUGGUUUUAAGAUGCAUGCCCGUGGUUGGCGGUCAAUUUAUUGUAUGCCCAAGCGCCCAGCCUUUAAAGGGUCUGCUCCUAUUAAUCUUUCUGAUCGUCUGAACCAAGUGCUUCGAUGGGCUCUGGGUUCUGUUGAAAUUCUUCUCAGUCGGCAUUGUCCAAUUUGGUAUGGCUAUGGUGGUAGGUUGAAAUGGCUUGAGAGGUUUGCAUAUGUAAACACUACCAUUUAUCCAAUCACCGCCAUUCCUCUUCUCCUGUAUUGCACACUUCCAGCUAUCUGUCUACUUACAGACAAAUUCAUUAUUCCACAGAUUAGUAACAUCGCAAGCAUAUGGUUUAUUUCUCUCUUUCUUUCCAUCUUUGCAACCGGCAUCUUGGAGAUGAGGUGGAGUGGUGUUGGGAUUGAUGAGUGGUGGAGGAAUGAACAGUUUUGGGUUAUCGGUGGUGUUUCAGCCCAUCUUUUUGCUGUUUGCCAAGGCUUGCUCAAAGUACUUGCUGGCAUUGACACCAACUUCACUGUUACGUCCAAGGCAUCAGACGAGGACGGUGAUUUUGCUGAAUUAUACUUGUUCAAAUGGACAACUCUACUUGUCCCGCCAACAACUCUCCUCAUCGUUAACUUGGUGGGUGUUGUUGCUGGGAUAUCCCAUGCAAUCAACAGUGGUUAUCAGUCAUGGGGUCCACUCUUUGGCAAGCUUUUCUUCGCAUUCUGGGUGAUCAUCCAUCUCUAUCCUUUCCUCAAAGGUUUGAUGGGUCGCCAGAACCGGACACCCACCAUUGUUGUCGUGUGGUCUAUUCUCCUUGCUUCAAUCUUUUCCUUGUUGUGGGUGAGAGUUGAUCCCUUCACCACUAGAGUUACUGGUCCAGAUGUUGAGCAGUGUGGCAUCAACUGUUAGAGAAGAAAUGAGACCGAACUCAUUUCGGGUGCCAUCCUCAUCAAAAAAAAAAAAAAAAAAAAAAAAGUAAGGUGGUGAGUGGGUUUAAGUGAUUCCCUCAUGCUUUUUUUCGGCAAGCCUUCGUAUUAAUCACAUGUGCAGAUAAUAGGUGAUGUACUAGAAUUAUUUUGCAGUUUCAUGAGGGGAUUCGUUUGUAAUAUUUUGGACGUGAACUUGUAGAUUUCGCUGGUGGAACAAAAAUUCAAUUUAUUUUGUGACUCUGUUUACAAGA